AUGGCAGACCGCGAACAUGAACCAGUGGCGAUGACGCCCUCACCUGCGCCCGAUCUGACCAGGAACCGCCUACCCACUCUCUUUGAGGUUCUGAGUCGCCGUACUCUACCGCCGGUCGAUCUAUUUUCUUUCUAUAUCUAUAUGCGAGACCAACAGCGGUCUGUGGACUAUCUCGACUUUUGGCUUGAUGUUGCCCAACACAUGUCCCUGUGCCGUCAUUAUGUCCGUGAGCUUCGUCGAUCGGUCAUGAUCGGGACCCCCGAUAUGGAUAAGGUAAGCUCUAAGAGAUCAUCGGCAAUUCUCGAGAGCAUGGGAGACCUCGAGCCAAGAAUAGCUGGGCCCUCGAUGUAUGCGACGGAGAAGGAAAGGGACCAAGACGCGCAAAUGUCGGCAUUCCUCCGAGAAGAGCAGGCUCAAGAUUCUCCCCGACAGAGCGGAUCGAUUCUUCCUCGCCCAAGCCCACAAUUCAGCAACUCGCAUGAUCUCACCGACUCGAAUUCACCUGGCCAUACUGUCGCUCGAGCCGACAUCAAAUCCUCCGCCGAAAAGAUUCUUUACACCUUCCUUCUUCCUGGCGCUGAACGCGAGAUUACCCUGCCAGGAUCGAUUACGGAUGAUGUUACUCGGGCAAUCGAGGAGGAUGGUCGAGAUGAUCCAGAGGUCUUUGACGUAGCAAAGGACUACGUUUUCCAGGCCAUGGAAAGAGACGCUUUCCCCGGAUUCCUGAGAAUGAAGGCUCUGGGCAACUUGAUUCCACCCACCCUUGUUUUGCGUCUCAUCGUCGGCCUGGUUGCCAUGUUUGGUGCAUUCUGGGCUGGAUUUGUGUUGAUUUUCCUUGACAAGUCUCGCUUGACCAAGUGCUGGCUUAUCCUUCCAUUCACCGUUGGAGUUUACUUCCUUGCUUCUUAUCAGUAUUGCUUGGACCCUGUGCUGGCAUUGCUGGGGUACAGCGAGUAUACCCCAUUCAACUUCUCGAGCAUCCGUGAGCCCUACGUUCGCCAACUGCUUUCGAAGCGAGCUCUCAUGGUCUUGGCGGUGACCCUACUCGUCGAUGCCUCGCUGUGUAUUCUCUUCAUCCUCGUCCCUGGAAAGAGACUGUGA